AUGAACAUUGAGACUCAGGUCUUCUUUGGUUCAUUGAACUUUAGUGCGCCACUACCUGUAUCGUCCACUCAGCUUGUUGUCCCAUUACCAUUGGCAGCACGCAACGGACCAUUGUACUUGGUGUCCAAUGGUGCCACCUCCAACAAUAUCUAUGUCAACCUGACCCCAUACUUCAAUGCAUCACCUAUGCUUGAUAUCCACGGUGGCAACAUCACCAUCACCGGAUACUUCCUCAACUACUACCGCUGGGACAACAUCCGAACCGACAUCGCUGCCAAAUACGUGUCAAAGAACGGCUUCAGCAACUUUGAGAUGUCCUUCAUCAUCCCUGAAGUUGGCAAAAACCAUGACAACACUCAACUUGUGUUGACCUAUCCGCCCGGUAUUGGACUGUUGAAGGGUACCUUUGUGAUCGACUCCCAGCCCAACUCUGGUGUCUUUGUUCCCAACUACAACACCACAACCUUGGUAUCAUAUGCCCAACUCGACCCCAACGACCCAUGGACCGUAACCAUGACUAUUGCCAACUAUAAUCAACAAUUGUCCAAUAUCCAGUUCUGGAACUAUUGGAAUGGUGUGGCCAAUCUCAACAUGAAAUGGAUCAACGACAAUACAAUGACAUUCUCAUACAUUCAACCAAUCCCAAGGUAUGGAAACAAACAACUGGAGUGUCCGGUCAAAAUGUGGUUCCAACCAGACGGCGGAAACAGUAACCGUCCCGACUUCCUUGUCUAUCCUCGAUCAUCCAUCACUGUGUACAACGGUGUGCCAACGACUGGUGGCCUGCUCCAAGUGUCAGAUCAGAGUAACAACCCAAAGACAGCCUGCUUCACACAACUUCGAGCAUGUACCGUUGCCGGCAAGUUGAUCAACGGACCAUUUGAGUGCUCAAACAUACAAAUACCGGCUGGUGUUGGACUUCAAGUGCCCAUCAAUUGCACUGAUGUGAAUGGCAACCCGUUGCUCACAGAGGUCAUCCACUUCAACUAUGGUCCAUCAGUUGCGAAUGGCCACAUCUCUGGCGGCGGCUCAACUUUGCUGGUCAAUGGACUGGGCUUUGCAUUGGGUGACACUUGGGCCUCAUUUCUCCAAUGGACCAUGGGUGCAAGUCACGGCCAACUCGACGACCACUCAAUCAUACUUUAUGGUACCACCAACAGCACCAAUGACCGGCACAUUCAAUCACUAUCAUCGGUUGUAUCAUCAGCAACUGCUCCAAUCAUUGGAAAUGUCCAACUCACUAUCAAAGGUGCAUUCCUCAAUGUACAACCAUCAAACUUUGGUUCAACUGUCAAGGUUGGAUCAGAGUGGUGUACCAUAAUCAGCAAUGAUGACGGUGUGAUUGUGUGCUGGACUCGCACACCCCAGAGCUCUGGUCCACUCCCACUUGUGAUCACGAUCGACUCCACCACCAAUGAUCCGUUCAAUGUCCAAUUCGACCUGUUCCAACCAUCGAUCACAUCGAUCACUCCAACAUACAACGAAAACUUCACUCAACUCAAUGUCCAGGGCACUGGACUUGGUCAAUCAAUAUUGAUCAAUUCCAACAAUCAAGCCUAUCUACCUGGAAUGUGCAACACCAUCAAUGACUCAUUGAUCAUUUGUGAUAUCAAGUAUCCAAACGGUACUGCUGCCCAGGGCAGCAUGAGUGUCGUGAGAAUGGGCAUUGUGUCCAUACCUUUGGCCUUUGACUUUGUACCCGUGAUCAGCAAUCAAACACUGACAGGAUCAACAUUGGUCAUUCUCGGCACCAACAUCUCCCCAUUCGCCUACAUGACUCGCCAAACAUCGUCUUCCCAAUUCACCUUCCAACCAACAUCAGCCACAUCCACCAAGAUAAUCUUCCAACUGCCUGCUCAAUUCCAAUCGGGACCAUACCAGAUCUUCUCCUCAGGCUUCCUCUCCUCUGAAUUGGUAUUGAGCCUUCAACCGGUGAUCACCAACAUAGGAUUGGACACUGGUGGCCUGUUCAUCAGUGGACAAUACCUGGACGUUAUGAUGUUCGACCGCCAACUACUUCAAUAUUCGUUGAAUGUCAACUCGAGACCUGUUGCCAGCAUCGAUACCGUCGUGUCCUAUACCAACAAGCUAUACUUCGCACUUGAUGAACCUAUCGUGCCGCUCCCCAAUGGAUCAUCGCCCAUAGUGCAGGUCGACCUCACCAUCCUAAAGCUCAGCUCAACGUACCAGGCAUCGAUCAUAUUGCCUCAAGUGGACAAUGUCACAUUCAUUCCAAACAUAGACACCAGUAGUAGUACCCUCUCACGUGGCACCAUUAUAUUUACCGGCACCAACCUGGACUGCGUACCCAAUCUCAUCAUUGGUCCUGAGAAUGGACCAUAUCCAAUCAAAAACAGCUCACCAACGAAUGCAUCAUUCGCAUUGUUCACAUUGACCGAGACCAUCUACACAUUUGUGUUGACGACAUAUCCCACCGCAGUAUGGAGCAACAAUGUCUCAAUCCACAUUCUAAAGCCAACACUGGACAGUGUAACAAUCAAUGAGCAUUCGUUUGCAACUAUCAAGGGAUCAUACCUCCUCAGUCAACUCAUGCGUUUUGGAACAUACCAACCAACAAAUUGCGCUGGUGGCGGAUUCAACUCCAACAUGACCACAUGUGACCUAUCCCAAUGCGGAGACUGUCUGGCCACAUGCAACACAUUCACCUAUGACAAUGAAAUGACCUCAUUCUCUCAGGUAUACUAUCAUGUUGAUCCAAUUUUGAUAGCAGCCGUGGCCAAUGGUACUCAGGUGAUUGUGAAUGCAGCUCUGUCAUGCACUCAAUCAACUAUACGCAAUCUAUUGGAGUUGGUAUCGAUCAAUAUUGGAAACACUCAAUGUGUGCCAAUCAGUAUGCUUGAUAACAAUGUUUAUAGUUGCCAAUCAACACUCACAUCCGGAUCAGUAUCAGUAUCACUACUUGGAAGGAGCUCCAACUCCUUGCCACUGGUCUAUAUCGAUCCAUCUUCAAAUUCAUCUUCAUCGCAUGACAACUCAUCGUCAUCACAUGACAACUCAACGUCAUCAUCGUCAUCACAUCCUAAACCGAGUUCAUCAUCAAAGUUGCCACUCAAUCAUAUUCUAACCGUCAUCAUCAUCCUCAUAUCACUUGUACUUUUUACAUAG